UCUCUCUCUCUCUCACCUCUCUCACAAAGAGAGGGUCGCCGCGCCAGGGAAUCAGGGAAGGGAGGCGGCAGGGGGAGAGGUAGGGGAGGGGUAUCGUAUCGAGUAUCGAUCAUCUUCUUCUUCUUCGUCCCCUCUUUUCCUAACCUAGAUCAGAGGCAAAACCCUAUUGAGAUAGAGAGAUGGGGAUAGAUCAGAAUCAUAAUGAGAUGGGUGAGGAUGUGGCUGAUUUAAUGUUCGCGAAGAGAUCACGUUGCUGCUUCUGCAUACCAUGUUUCGGGUCCGACAGAUCGAAAACCGGCGGUAGAGGUCCGGUUUGGUGGGAGAGAAUCGGGAAUCCUGACUACGACGAGCAGUUGGGUGCGACAAACAACCGAAACAAAAACUCCGAUAACGAAGAGAAGAAGUGGUGGAGGACAGGUUUGAAUGUAUUAUUGAAGGUUAGAGAGUGGUCGGAGAUCGCGGCUGGUCCUCGCUGGAAGACUUUCAUUCGAAGAUUCAACAAGAACAACAACAACAAUAAGGGUGGUGGAGUAGGGUGGAAGAACGGGAAAUUCCAAUACGACGCUUUGAGCUAUGCGCUUAACUUUGACGAAGGGCCGGGGGAAGAGGAUCAUAAUGACGAGGAUCGCCUCUACCGUGACUUCUCCUCCAGGUAUGCUUCAAUUCCUAUCUCGAAGUCGUCUACGGAUCUCGGCAGAGACGCUCCUACUUUCACGUAACCCACCAUCAGUGAACUGAUCACACAGAGGGAAAAGGUUCCCGGUGUCAGUUGAAUGUGUCCGUUCAAGCUUCUGUGCGCGGCGUGUUAAGGGAUCCACUCUGCGUUCCAACCGCCGGAUUUUUCGUCCUUUGAAUAUACGAUCCGCUCCUCGUUCGAACCGCCGGAGAUUCGUCUUUUUUUUUUUUUUUUUUUUUUUAGGUUUAAUAUUUUCUUGUCAUAUUCUUUUCUAAAAAAUCUAUAAAUUAAUGUUACCAUGGCGGUGGAUGGGUGUAAACAGAUGGGGUGGAAAAUAAUUAGUGAAAAUUCAUAUAUAUGUAUAUGAGUUGGGUUGGUUGAUGAA